GUUAGUUCCUGUUAGGCCCGGGCCGGGGGAGUAGGUUGAAGUCUCCUAAGAUGCCGGGUGGGCUGGGGCACGGGGAGCUGUAAGGGGGGCGUGAGGAGGCAGCGAGGGGAGACCCACGGCAGGCCCGAAGAACAGCGGCUGCCGAACCCGCCCUCCCUGCACCAUGCUCAUAGAGGAUGUGGAUGCCCUCAAGUCCUGGCUGGCUAAGUUACUGGAGCCGAUAUGUGAUGCUGACCCUUCAGCCUUAGCCAACUAUGUUGUAGCACUGGUCAAGAAAGACAAACCUGAGAAAGAAUUGAAAGCCUUUUGUGCUGAUCAACUUGAUGUCUUUUUACAAAAAGAAACUUCGGGUUUUGUGGAUAAACUCUUUGAAAGUCUGUAUACUAAGAACUAUCUUCCACCUUUGGAACCAGUUAAGCCUGAGCCAAAACCUCCAGUCCAAGAAAAAGAAGAAAUUAAAGAAGAGGUAUUUCAGGAGCCAGCAGAAGAAGAACGAGAUAGCAGAAAAAAGAAAUAUCCUAGUCCCCAGAAGACUCGUUCAGAAUCUAGUGAACGAAGGACACGUGAGAAAAAAAGAGAAGAUGGCAAGUGGAGAGACUAUGACCGGUACUAUGAGCGGAAUGAAUUAUACCGUGACAAGUAUGACUGGAGGAGAGGCAGGAGUAAGAGCCGGAGUAAGAGCCGAGGCCUGAGUCGUAGUCGGAGCCGAAGUAGGGGACGCAGCAAAGACCGGGAUCCAAAUAGGAAUGUUGCAGAGCACAGGGAAAGAUCAAAGUUUAAGAGUGAAAGGAAUGACUUGGAAAGUUCCUAUGUGCCUGUGUCUGCGCCACCUCCAAACUCUUCUGAGCAGUAUUCCUCUGGGACACAGUCUAUUCCCAGCACUGUUACUGUGAUAGCACCUGCUCACCACUCUGAAAACACAACUGAGAGUUGGUCUAAUUACUAUAACAAUCAUAGCUCUUCCAAUUCUUUUGGUCGAAACCCACCACCAAAGAGGCGCUGCAGAGAUUAUGAUGAAAGAGGAUUUUGUGUACUUGGAGACCUUUGCCAGUUUGAUCAUGGAAAUGAUCCCCUGGUUGUUGAUGAAGUUGCUCUGCCAAGCAUGAUUCCUUUCCCACCUCCUCCUCCCGGGCUUCCUCCUCCACCACCUCCUGGAAUCUUAAUGCCUCCAAUGCCAGGCCCAGGCCCGGGUCCUGGCCCAGGGCCAGGCCCAGGCCCUGGCCCUGGCCCUGGCCCUGGCCCAGGCCCAGGUCCAGGUCCUGGCCACAGUAUGAGACUUCCUCUUCCCCAGGGACAUGGUCAGCCUCCACCUUCUGUUGUGCUUCCCAUACCAAGACCACCCAUAACACAGUCAAACUUGAUAAAUAACCGUGACCAGCCUGGGACAAGUGCAGUGCCCAAUCUUGCACCAGUGGGAGCAAGACUACCUCCUCCUUUACCCCAGAACCUCCUUUAUACAGUAUCAGAACGACAGCCCAUGUAUUCUCGUGAACAUGGUGCUGCUGCAUCUGAGCGACUUCAGUUGGGGACACCGCCUCCUCUGUUGGCAGCUCGUUUGGUGCCACCUCGCAACCUCAUGGGAUCUUCCAUUGGGUACCAUACCUCCGUCUCCAGCCCCACCCCUCUGGUCCCAGAUACGUAUGAACCCGAUGGUUAUAACCCAGAAGCUCCUAGUAUUACCAGUUCUGGUAGAUCUCAGUACAGACAGUUCUUUUCAAGAACACAGACACAACGCCCAAACCUAAUCGGCCUGACAUCUGGAGAUAUGGAUGCAAAUCCAAGAGCUGCUAACAUUGUCAUCCAGACUGAACCACCAGUCCCUGUUUCAAUUAAUAGCAACAUAACCAGAGUAGUUCUUGAACCAGAUAGCCGAAAAAGAGCUAUGAGUGGUUUGGAAGGGCCACUCACAAAGAAACCUUGGCUUGGAAAGCAAGGGAAUAACAGUCAGAGUAAACCAGGAUUCUUGCGAAAGAAUCAGUAUACAAACACCAAAUUAGAAGUCAAGAAAAUCCCUCAGGAAUUGAACAACAUUACCAAGCUCAAUGAACACUUCAGCAAAUUUGGAACUAUUGUUAACAUCCAGGUUGCUUUUAAGGGUGAUCCAGAAGCAGCCCUCAUUCAAUAUCUCACCAAUGAGGAGGCCAGGAAAGCCAUUUCCAGCACAGAAGCAGUUCUAAACAACCGAUUCAUUCGCGUCUUAUGGCAUAGGGAAAACAAUGAGCAACCAGCACUGCAGUCCCCAACGCAGCUGCUCCUCCAGCAGCAGCAAACACUUAGUCACUUGUCACAGCAGCACCAUCACCUGCCACAGCACCUUCACCAGCAGCAGGUGUUGGUGGCCCAGACUCCUCCUUCAACAGUACAUGGAGGCAUCCAGAAGAUGAUGAAUAAGCCACAGACAUCGGGUGCAUACGUCCUUAACAAAGUUCCUGUUAAACAUCGUCUUGGGCAUGCAAGUGGUAACCAGAGUGAUGCAGCACACUUGUUGAAUCAGUCUGGUGGUGCUGGAGAGGAUUGCCAGGUAUUUUCAACACCAGGCCAUCCAAAAAUGAUUUACAGCUCCUCAAACUUAAAAACACCUUCAAAACUUUGUUCAGCGUCUAAAUCUCAUGAUGUUCAAGAAGUUCUUAAAAAGAAACAGGAAGCAAUGAAGCUUCAACAAGAUAUGAGGAAAAAGAGGCAAGAAAUGUUAGAAAAACAAAUAGAAUGCCAAAAGAUGUUAAUAUCUAAGCUGGAAAAAAACAAAAAUAUGAAACCAGAAGAAAGAGCAAAUAUAAUGAAGACUUUGAAAGAGCUUGGAGAAAAGAUCUCACAGUUGAAAGAUGAGUUAAAAACAUCUUCUGCAGUCUCCACACCAUCUAAAGUGAAGACAAAGACAGAGGCCCAGAAAGAGCUAUUAGAUACUGAACUGGACCUCCACAAGAGGCUGUCCUCAGGAGAAGACACAACAGAGUUACGGAAAAAACUCAAUCAGUUACAAGUGGAGGCUGCGCGAUUAGGUAUCUUACCUGUGGGUCGAGGAAAGACCAUGUCCUCUCAAGGUCGAGGAAGAGGCCGAGGCCGUGGGGGAAGAGGAAGGGGCUCACUAAAUCACAUGGUGGUGGACCACCGCCCCAAAGCACUAACAGUUGGUGGAUUCAAUGAGGAGGAAAAGGAUGAAUUACUUCAGCAUUUCUCAGCUGCAAACCAAGGGUCGAAAUUCAAAGACCGUCGACUACAAAUAUCGUGGCACAAGCCCAAGGUACCAUCUGUAUCCACUGAGACUGAGGAGGAGGAAGUCAAGGAGGAGGAAACCGAAACCUCAGAUUUGUUUUUGCAUGAUGAUGAUGACGAAGAUGAAGAUGAAUAUGAGUCUCGUUCAUGGCGAAGAUGAAAUCUGACGCAAGCUGUAUAAUUUUUAGGAAUAUUGUUUAGAAGAACAACUUUUUAAAAAUUAUUUAAAGAAGUCAAUGAGCCAAAAAUUUUUUUUAAUUUUUCUUUUCAACACAGUAGUUUAAGGACAGCAAGUUUGCUAUUUAAACAUAUCUCAUAACUGUACAUGAUAUUAAAGCACCAAAGGCCUAGUGACUUUUACACAGUUGUGAAGAUCCACAGGAAUGACAUGGAUAAUCUCUAGAGCCUUAUUUUCCACACCACCUGUUUUUGUUGCUAUUGGUGUUGGAUUAUGAUGUAAAUGACAGGGUGUUCAGAAAUUUUAUUUUGGGUUAUCUGCUGAUAAAAUUUCAUUAAAUGUCAAAAUCGCCUGGAAUCUCUUAACUCUCAGCUAUUAUGGAUAUGUCGUCAGACUGUAGGAGAUAUUUUUAAUUAAAAUGCCCUUUUGCUUUCAAGAGUUAUCUUGGAAGAAAAGUACAAUUUAUUUUAACUUUUUUUUUACUGUGGAGGAACCCAAUUUGUAUUCAGUAUAAAUUUUUUUCACCGUUUUUAUGUGCAGCAGUACUAUUACAGUGUAAAUUACAACAGACUCCUUAUGUUCUCAUAUGCUUUAAGGCAAAGGUAGUCAGCUUCGAGGUGUUUCCUUUCUCUCAUCAUAUUAACUCUCCUGGACUUCUCCUGCUACUGAAUCAUUAGUUUGCUUUGAUGCUUGGUGAGCAUUGGUUCAGGUUGUCCUCUUUUUUUUUUUUAAACAUUCUGAAAAUGUAAAAGGCUUUUACCAGUUGCCCCUUUCUUGUCCCCCUUUUCUUCUACCUUUUUAUUAAUAGACAUACUUACCUAGUGUUGAGAUAGGUGACUCAUUUGGGCCACCAAAAGCCAGUCCCCAAUAAAAGGUUUAAAUCAGCACCUUGAUAAAUAAGUGCUGUUUUGAGAAUAAUGGAAGGAUUUUAGGGAAGGGGGGAGUCACUGGCUUUUUUUGUUCUUUUAAAACUUCAAUUUAGUUAUAGUUAACACAAAAUGUUAAAAAAGUAUCUGAAAUUCUUUUCCUAAAUUUAAACCAUGAUGGUGAGGUGGCCAGGAGUGGGGUGCGGGUGGGGAUAGGGGGAUGGGGUAUGCUAGAAAUAAAUGGGAGUCAUAAUUUGACUUUGAUCAGACGACCAUAUAUUUUCAUGAUUUUGUAGCUUGUUGCUAUUCAUAAACAUAUAUAUAUCCUUCAGUAGACAGUUUCCUUCACUGUGUGCAUUUUUACUGUACACUGUAUAGAGUAGAGUAUCUGUUAAGUAAAAUAUAUAUGUAAAUUUAUGUCUUUGUGUUCUGAAUGUUAGAUGGAAAAGCAGAGGAGCAACACUACACUGUACUAACCCCUGGGGAAAUAAAAUGAUUAAUGUAUAUAGGAUGUCACUUUUUGAAGGUUAUACACAUCUGUGUUUUUAUAUAAGUGUGGUGUGAAAAUUUAAAACUUCCUGUUGGCUUCAGAAGGCUCUUGGUGAUCACUAUAUCAAGGAUUUUAUUUCCUGAGGUAAAGACUGUUUCUCAAAAUAGAAACUGUUCACUAAGAAACUUAAAACCAUCAGGACUCUAGAUAUACUUAGCUACAAGAAGUUAAAUCCCACGUUCUGAUUAUCUUCUACAUAUUUUUCUGGAAUGAUGGGUCAAACCAGGAUCAUUUUUAAGUUCAUGUAAUUUUUCCUUCAUAAUAAUAAGGACUUCCUCUUUCUAGGUUAUUAUUCUAUUUCUGAUAACACUGAAGCUAAAAUAAGCUUAUAAAAGAAGGAAAACAUUAGAAUGGGGUACCUAGAAUAAGCAAUCUUGCUCCUUCCUCCUCCAUCAUCUCUAAUGAAAUUUUCUUGAUGUCUGUGGCUCAGUCAGUAUAUAUUUUGAAAGAUUCAUUGUGGUGAAUAUUUUGAGUCCUGACAGUUUAAACGUGAUAGAGGGAACAAAGGAUUUAUAUAUUUUUUGUACAAAGUUUUUUCUUAAACUGUAUAAUUUUGUAAAUAAUUUGUUUGGGUUUUUUUUUUUUGUUUUGUUUUUUUGGUGUACUAAAACUACCAGCGUAUAGAUUUCAAUAAGAAUUGUUGUAUUUUUGUAUUUGGAAACUGAAAAUUACAGUAAAUUGAUGGAACUGUAAGAAAAUUUUCAGUAGACUGACAGUUCAUCAGAAUGAGAUUCCUUUUCAUAUGAUUUUUUAACCUCAAAAUUGACAUCUUAUUAUACUCUCAGUACAGAGAGAGUUGAGGAUUUGUUUGGUUUUUCAGUUAUUUGGUGGGCAGGAGGGGGGAAAGAAUGAGAGAAGGGUGUUAAAUUGAAGAACAGUUAGACAUUUUUUCCAGUAAGAUUUGAAGCCCUUUGUAUAAAACUUCGUUUUCAGUACACCUUAAAUAGGACUAAAAUAGUUUAGAAGUGCCCUUUCUAAGAAUUUUACAACAUGUUAUACUCUCAGAAAUGAAUUUAAAAUAUGGAUUAAUUAUAACAGAAAAUUUAAGUGAAGAUUAGCAUAAUAUAGUUACACAUAUCUUGUGGUUGUUGUCCCCCCCACCCCCGUGCCCAGGAUUUUUAACCCAAACACACAAAUCUCCAAAUGUUAGAGAGUUUCUCUCAAAGAUUAAUAACUACCAUGACUUGUUUUCUUGGUAUCUUUAUUUACAGAAAUAACAUAAACCAUCUGAGGCAAAUUCUGCUGUUCUUCUUAAUGUGUGUGACAUCUUUAUAAGUAACUGAUUAACAAUAACAAAACACCACCAAUCCAGCUAUAUCAGCCUGGUUUACUAGUAGAUUGUUGCCCAGGUUUUAAAAAGGUAAUUCCAGGGAUGUGCAGAAUUUCCUUCAAUUUCUUCAUGUUGUAACAUUGGGAAAACAUUGUUACCAGCUAAGAUGAUGAAUUGGAAAACAUGGUCCUAUUAAGGUGAAAAAGGUCCAUGGUGAUGGAUCAUUAUUUCAAAAUGAAGACAAAAAAUCAUGUGAAAAGGAAUAGUGGUUCCUCUUGAUGUAUAGAAUGCCUGUAUUAUAGUUUUUACAAAAUUGUGAACUUGUGUAAUAGUAUAAUAGGAGAUAUUGUUGAAUUUCUAACUGUUUAUACAUUUAAAUUCAUAUAUGUAAUGUUUGUUUUAUCAAUUACAAUCUGAAUUUCUAAGAAGCAUGUUGACUUUUGCAAUAAAGAUGCAAUAUGGAAUGGUUCACAAUUGGAAAAAAAAGAAAAAAGAUAAAAGUAUUACAAAUUUAAAACAAUUUGGAAAAUUUAUGAACCAUUCCAAAAAUUAUAACAAUCACCAAAA